CCCCCUUCAUUAAUCAUGGCUACUGAGAACGUUAUCUUUGCCCUCGGCAACCCGCUGCUCGACAUCUCGGCCACUGUGGACGAGGGCAUGCUCGAGAAGUAUGGCCUCAAGGCCAACGAUGCCAUCCUCGCCGAGGACAAGCACAUUCCGAUGUACGAGGAGCUGUCCAAGCACGAGACCGUGUCGUACACGGCUGGUGGUGCGACCCAGAACUCGAUUCGUGUGGCGCAGCACUACAUGGACAACGCGCGGGCGACGACCUUUGUGGGUUGCGUCGGCUCGGACGAGUACGCGACCAAGCUUUCGGAGGCUGCGGCGCACGACGGUGUCCGUGUCGAGUACCUUGUGGACGAGGCGACGCCGACCGGCACUUGCGGCUGCCUCAUCACCGGCAAGAACCGCUCGCUGGUGGCCAACCUCUCGGCGGCCAACAACUACAAGGCUGACCACCUCCAGUCGGAGGCGAUCUGGUCGCUUGUCACCCAGGCGCAGAUCUUCUACUCGGCCGGCUUCCACCUCACCGUCUCGCCCGAGGCCAUGCUCAACAUGGCGCGCCAUGCCGCCGACACCAACAAGAUUUACUGCUUCAACCUCUCGGCCCCGUUCCUUGUCCAGUUCUUCAAGGACCAGAUGGCCCAGGUCAUGCCGUACGCCGACUACGUCUUUGGCAACGAGGACGAGGCCGCCGACUACGCCACCCACAACGGCAUCGAGAAGACCGACCUCAAGGAGAUCGCCCUCGCCAUCGCCGCCCUCGACAAGGUCAACACCCAGCGCUCGCGCACUGUCGUCAUCACCUGCGGCUCGGAGGAGACCAUCGUCGCCAAGGACGGUGCCGUCACCACCUACGCCGUCGACAAGAUCGAGGACGACAAGAUCAUCGACACCAACGGUGCCGGUGACGCCUUUGUCGGUGGCUUCCUCGCCGCUCUGGCCAAGGGACAGGACAUCGCCGCCUGCGUCGAGGCCGGCCACGUCGCCGCCCGCAUGAUUAUCCAGUGCUCCGGCAUUGUCCUCCCGGCCAAGUUUGCCUAAGCCAACGUCCUGCGCCUUGGACCCUCGUUCUGAGCCCUCGUUAUGAUUAAAGGAGACCUCUCUUCCUGCACA